CGGCCGCUCCGGCGCACGCGCGCGGGCCCGUGAAGGGCGGGGAGAGGCGGUGGCCGCGGGCGCCGGGCCGCGGACCUGUCAGACCCGCGGAGCCGGCCUGGAGCUGCGGGUGCUGCAGGCGAGAUCGGCCCCGCUCCCCCGCGGCUCCGGGCCGAGCCGCGCGAGCCGGGCGCCCCCGAGCCGAGCGGGGGCGGGGAGAUGAGCGGCGGCCCCGCGGCGGCGCCCCACACCGACGCGCCGCCCCCUCGCGGAGCCACGGCGCCUCCGAGCUGGCCCUGCGCCCCCCGCCGCCCGGGCUUCGGAACUUGUGGGCUGUGAUGGGACGCCUUUAAUCGCUACCGUGUUUCGUUUCCCACAGGAUGGGGAGGGACGCGCGGCGGCGCCAUCGGGAGCGGGCGCGCCGGUGAAGUCGGGGCCGCCGGCCGUGCCUGCCGCGAGCCGUUCCGCGCGCGGCGCGCCGCCUCUGCCAUGGCCGGAUCCGGCGCGUGGAAGCGCCUCAAAUCUCUGCUGAGGAAGGACGACGCGCCGCUGUUUCUAAAUGACACCAGCGCCUUUGACUUCUCGGACGAGGCGGGGGACGAGGGGCUUCCUCGGUUUAACAAACUUCGAGUGGUGGUGGCCGACGAUGGUUCCGAAACGCCGGAGAGGCCUGUUAACGGAGCGCACCCGGCGCUCCAGGCCGACGACGAUUCCCUGCUGGACCAGGACCUGCCUUUGACCAACAGCCAGCUGAGCCUGAAGGUGGACCCGUGUGACACCUGCAGCAGACGCAGGGAGCUGCUGAAGCAGAGAAAGGUGAAGACCAGGUUGACCAUUGCCGCCGUUCUGUACUUGCUCUUCAUGAUUGGAGAGCUCGUAGGUGGAUACAUUGCAAAUAGCCUAGCAGUCAUGACAGAUGCACUUCAUAUGUUAACUGACUUAAGUGCUAUCAUACUGACCCUGCUUGCUUUGUGGCUGUCUUCAAAAUCACCAACCAAAAGAUUCACCUUUGGAUUUCAUCGCUUAGAGGUUUUGUCAGCUAUGAUUAGUGUGCUGUUGGUGUAUAUACUUAUGGCAUUUCUCCUAUAUGAAGCUGUCCAAAGAACUAUCCAUAUGAACUAUGAAAUAAAUGGAGAUAUAAUGCUCAUUACCGCAGCUGUUGGAGUUGCAGUCAAUGUAAUAAUGGGGUUUCUGUUGAACCAAUCUGGUCACCAUCACGCCCAUUCCCACUCCCUGCCUUCAAAUUCUCCUACCACAGGUCCUGGGUAUGGGCACAACCAUGGGCAGGAUAGCUUGGCAGUGAGAGCUGCAUUUGUACAUGCUUUGGGGGAUUUGGUACAAAGUGUCGGUGUGCUAAUAGCUGCCUACAUCAUACGAUUCAAGCCAGAAUACAAGAUUGCUGAUCCCAUCUGUACAUAUGUAUUUUCAUUACUUGUGGCUUUUACAACAUUUCGCAUCAUAUGGGACACAGUAGUUAUAAUACUAGAAGGUGUACCAAGGCAUUUGCACGUUGACUAUAUCAAAGAAGCCUUGAUGAAAAUAGAAGAUGUCCAUUCCGUGGAAGAUUUAAAUGUCUGGUCUCUCACUUCAGGAAAGCCCAUGGCCAUUGCACACAUACAGCUAAUUCCUGGAAGUUCAUCUAAAUGGGAGGAGGUACAGUCCAAAGCCAGGCAUUUGUUGUUGAACACAUUUGGCAUGUAUAAAUGUACUAUUCAGCUUCAGAGUUACCGGCAAGACGUGGACAGAACUUGUGCAAACUGCCAGAAUGCCAGCUCCUAACUGAAGAUGUCUGGGGGACUACUGCCUUAUUUACCCUGCAGUCACAGACUUGAGAGCAAUAAAUGCACUUGAAUGGGAGAAUGGAAUUCCUGAGAGCCAUGCCCAGGCACUUGCCUCGCAGUCAGCCUGAGAGCGCUAGUUUCUGUCCAAUGGUAAAGUGAGACUUCACCAUGAUUUUCAGAUGAAGAUGUUUCCAAAACACUGUUUACAGAAUGAGACGUGACUCUACAGAUACCUCAGAGAAGACAAUCGAAGACCGUACUUCACAAUCACAGCAGAGCAUGUGUCAUGAAGGAAGCAUCAAGAGUUCUGUAUUUGCAUUUAAAAAUCCUUUUUAAAGCCCAUUUCUAUCAAGCCAGUGCUGGAAAACUGAUUUUUUAAUGUAAUCUUGAUACCCAGCUUCUGGAAUUUGACACCCAGCUCUCUCUUUUUACAGAAAUUAUUUCUCAGCAGAUUUCAGAAAGUACUAGUAAUUAUCCAGAGUGGAAUAAGCAUGUAUUCCUAAAUGUUUCAGAAAUGUUUUAUUUCACAAGUAAGUCUUAUUGGUAUACUUUAUUAUACUUUAUCAACAAAGUUUUCCAGAUAUUACAGGGUUUUGAAUCUCAAUUUUUGGUUAUUUGUAAUCUUAUCAGAACCAAAUCUUUAUGUAUUGUGGUCACUGUCAUUAAAUUGCUUAGGAAAUAUUUUCAGUUUAUUCUGAAUGGCAGAAGUUAAUCUUAAACUGGAAUUACUAUAUGAUAAUUUGAACAAAUAUAGGAGCAAGGAUGGGGUGUGGAGUUUCAGAUUUAAGUCUUUCUGAAAUCACUUUUAUUGCCCAUGAAAUUUAUCUUUGCUUACGAACAGCAAGCGACGCAAAAUGCAAACAGUGAUGCUCUGUCCUUUUAGAAAUUGCCUUAUGUUUUGUACAGAAAGUUUGCUUGGUACCUUGCUUCCUGCCUCCAUACCAGGUCAUCUGCUUGUGCCUUUCAGGGUAGAGCUCUAGAGGGCCAAGGUUCAGUUUAAUACCCGUCUCUCCCAUGCAGAUUAACUACAUUUCUCCAGAGAGAAUUUCUGUAUGAUGAUAUGGAUUAGGAAUCCUCCACGGGCUCCAGAAACCCUAAGAUAUAAUUUUGAGGUUUUCCAAUAAUACCAUAGCAGAAAAGCUGAAAGGGAUUGGGGGAAGACAUGAUUUUCAGAAGACAGAAAUUUUAAGGGUUUUGGAGAGUGUGUGUGUGUGUGUGUGUGUGUGUGUGUGUGUGUGUGUGUGUGUUAAAGCACUGGAAUCAGAUGGAUGGACAUUAAAUCUGUGUGGUAGGGAAGUUAAGCAUAAAAGUUUCCAAACAGAAGGCAACCUAGCUGGUAACAGUUGUAUUAAAGAGGCAACUGUGACUAUUCCUGUCAACUGUUGGUUUUGGGAUUAUAUUUAGUGCACGUUAGGGAGUCCAUUUUCAGCAGAGAAUCAGGAUAAAGUAACAUGUACCAGACAGGCUGUGAGAUGAAAUCCUAGGUAGGCAGGCCAGUGACUUAAAAUGUAAGGGAAGAAUAUGAAACAUUUCAUCUUUCUGCCAAGGGCCUCACUAUAAAUAAACCUAAGGUAAGACCUGGAUUCACCUAAAAGAUUGUUAAGCGUCAAUGGUGUCCAACAAAAGCUUUAGUGAGUGUUAAUGGUACCUAGUAAAGCCCAGCAUUUGUUGAAUUGAAUUGAAAAUUUUAUAGGAUUCUUACUGUAAAUCCAUUUAAAAUAAUGAUUUUAAUUUUUCAAAAAUUUUAGGAACAUAUAAUAAAAAAUACUCCUUUAUUAUAUAAUGUCCUGUAUUUCAAAAAAUACUCUUAAAUGUAGAAGGCAAGUGAGAAUAAAUGAGAGGCAUGUCCGUGCACAUCUGGGCAUUUAUGACUUUGAGCACCUAGCAGAGGAAGGAAGAGAAUGUGCCUGUGCUAAUAGGUUUCUCCACGUUUGCAGCUGUUCCCAUAUCUACUGAGCUCGUUUCUUGUAAACUUUCUUUUAUCUUAAAUAGGUUUAUCUAACUUUUCACAUCGACCUGUUCCUUGAAAAGUUAUUGAGUAAAACAGUCUGAAAUCCACUUGAGGAUUGAAAAGGAUCCUUUUGUAUAAUGGAGAAACACUGACAACUUUUGUAAAUCUUAAUUAUUUUCUGUUUAAAAUUAGGUACACAUGAAGUUUUCUGUGCUUUGUUGUUUUGUGUGUUUUUUUGCAGCAACUACAGAUUUUAUGCUUGUAUUUUACUGGAUCUGUGAGAUUUGAUAAUUGAUAGAUUUAACUCUUUGUAACUUGACAAAACCCAUAGAGAAGGAUGUGAACUUAGCAGAUGGGAGCAGGGGCUGCACAGCGUCUGACAGAGACACAGAGAAAGAGCCACCCAUUGUCCUGUGAAAAGCACAGCUGAGCCUGGAUUAACACCUACCGUUGUUCACUUUGCACCGGGAAAACAUCAUAACAAAAACUGGGCAGUUCUUCAGUGCGAUGUGUUUUCAUUAACAUUUGCAAAUAAUCAAAGUUGUGUACAUAAACCUGUGUUUCACAAUUCUGGCCAGACUAGCCUUUUGAUUUAUCUUAGGAAAAGGCCUAUUGUUUCGUUGAUGACUGUACUGCCUUAGAAAUACACCGUGGGGAAUGCAGUUGAAUAAGCAUAUUUCAGAGAGCUUUGAAAUGCAGAACCGAAAUUACGUCAUUCCCACAUGCAUUUUCCAUUAGCUCUGCCUGUGGAGCAUGAGCCCAGAUUUUCACACCUGCGGCUCCCGUCAGUAUUAUUUGCCAGCUCACUGGAUUUCUUAUCUUUCUGUUUCUUUUUCAACUCUGGAUGCCAUAUUUCCAUUUCUGAACCGAAGUUUCCUGCUCUUAGGAGUCUCAGUGUUCUAGUUCUGUCUCUUGAACCCAGAGGUCCUCACUGACAGUGUUAAUCUUUGGUAGAAUUUUCCCAGAAUAAACAGACAUCAGCUUCCCUUUCUUUUUAAUGUGAG